ACAAUAGCGCUGACUAGUGCAGGAUAAAGAUACAGUACUUGCUCCUCUUCGGUCUAGACAUCACAUCAUUAGCCAAGUCGGCUAGUAAGCUGUUUGUUUUUCUGUCAAAAUGUCAACCACGACCGGCGGCGGAGAGUUUGGCAACCCUCUCCGAAAGUUCAAGCUCGUCUUUCUGGGUGAACAGAGUGUUGGCAAGACCUCACUCAUCACCAGGUUUAUGUAUGACAGUUUUGACAACACUUAUCAGGCAACAAUUGGAAUUGACUUUUUAUCAAAAACCAUGUACUUAGAAGAUCGCACGGUCCGACUCCAGCUUUGGGACACUGCUGGACAGGAGCGUUUUCGUAGCCUAAUUCCCAGCUACAUCCGUGACUCUACCAUUGCCGUGGUUGUUUAUGACAUCACCAAUCUUAAUUCAUUCCAACAAACAUCUAAAUGGAUUGAUGAUGUUAGAACAGAGAGGGGAAGUGAUGUCAUUAUCAUGCUUGUUGGGAACAAAACAGACUUGGCAGAUAAAAGACAGAUCACCACGGAGGAGGGCGAGCAGAGAGCUAAGGAACUGAAUGUCAUGUUCAUUGAAACCAGCGCAAAGACUGGCUACAAUGUCAAACAGCUGUUCCGUCGUGUUGCUGCCGCAUUGCCCGGGAUGGACAGCACACCAGAGAAAAGCAAAGAAGACAUGAUAGACAUCAAACUCGAGAAACAGCCAGAGAUGACUGUUACUGAGAGCAGCUGCUCAUGCUAGUACACCUCACCCUCACCCAGCCUGUCUCCUCCACACCAACAGCUUGUCUCUCAGUGGCCACUCUCUCCACCCAUGGCACACCGCCAGUGGGAUGGAGGGCUUGUCUUUUUUUGUUUUCCUUCUCAACUCAGUGACUUCUCAGAGUAACCGUGUGGAUGUGCGUUACUGUGUUGAAACAGAUUAUCUGGAGAAAAAAAAAAUGGUUUCAAAAGUAAAAAUUCAAAGCGAGGAAUAAUUCAAAUGAUAUGUUCAGAUUUUCAUCCAGUUGCAUGGCAUUAUAUAGGAUUGCAGACUGACAUAGCUAACCGCUCAUGAGUUAUUGCACAGUUUGGAUUCUUAGUGCUGUCCUUGUUGUAAAGUAAUACUGCUUGGGAUUAUUUAAAUGACUCUGCAAGGCUGAGUUCUCAGCCCUUUGUAUUUAACAUUUUUAUUUUGGAUGGCAAGUUUGCCUCAAACUAUUCUAUCUCUCAGACUUUUUCUUGACUUUUUUUUAUAUCGAAGAUGUAAAGACAGUAAAUUAACAUAAUUGCUAACCAUCGUUAGGCCUAAUUGGCCAAUGGUCCUUGAAAUGGGUAUUAUUAAAACCUUAACUGCUGUAGGCUUCAACCGCCAAAUACAUCCGUGUGUUGGUAGUAAGACCAAAUUGAAAUUCUCUGAAACCGCAUUCAAAUCUGCAAAAAGGAUAUGCAACCAGGUAAAGAGAAAAUACACCGGUCUUCAUCAUCAAAGGGAAACCAUCCCAAACUUUAUUAGAAAGCUACUAACCAGAAGCUAACUGUUUUAAAACUAUAGCAAUUGUCCUUCCUAUAUUGUAAAGUUAGCUGCACACAUACUGAGAUGCGGGAGGAGGAGUUUUCAGUUAUUAGACACCCCCGAUGUAGGACAUUCAAACAGUGUUUAGUUUUUCCACGCUGUUGGAAAGUUGUCACUUUCGGUCGCUAUGACCCGUGCCCACCAUCUCAUCGAUAAUUUGUGUUGUGUUGAUGACACUAUUGCAAAAACAUGCAGCAUGCUCACCAUGCAGGAUUUAUAUGGAUAAGAACACAGAUGCCUUGCUUGUUUAUUCACCAACGUUGUGCACUGAAUCAAGCCACAAUAUUGUAAAAUAAUGAAAGAAGCCUGGUGACCGGUUCAUGGCUUCACUAGAUGUUUUGUAGAGCUGGUAGAUAAAGUUUGUCCUCAAGUACAGCUUAAUGCUUACUAACACCCGUGCUGUAAAAAAAAAAUGCAGAGAAGUUAGCUGCAGUAUCCUUUGCUGUAUUGCUCUUGCCUGUGUAGGACUAUCGGUUUUAUGUGUUUAUUUAUUUUAUACAGGACAUACAGAUAACAUUGAAUGCUUGACCAAAAGUAAGGAAGCUGACACGCAAGUGGAAAGUUUAUUUUAUUUAUUGUUUGCGUGUCUGCUGGGGCUCAACCGAAAAGUGACAUUCAGGCCUGUCUUAAGACUCUAACACACACAAAAACACACUCACACUCUCAGUGUAACACAGACCUACUAGCUAGCCAUAGCACAACAAAAGACACUGGUCAUUUGCUGAAGCUUGUUUUGAAAAGUCCAUGUUUUAAAAAUGGAUUUAAAAAUAUAAGUAUUUAAUUAUGCCGAACAACCAUUUUAACAUGAGCAGCUCUUCUAUAACUCGUCACUGACUAAUUACUCAGCUUUGUGCUCUUCUGAAUUGUGUCUGUCCAUUUGAAAUAUGCUGUCUACUCGUGUUUAGCAACGUUUGUGUGAAUAAUGUACUAUUAUCUGACGUAUUAAAAGGAGAGUUAAAGAAACACAAGUGUAGACCUAUCACAUGGAAUAAAAUAAAGAUAUUUCACCACAAUUAA